CUUUGACUCAUCAAGUUCUCUCAAUGUGUAAGCCUAAAUAUAGUCAUGUGUGAUCUUGUUUGAUUUGUCUUAACAUAUAGAUUAUUAAUAUAUAAUUUCUAUAAUUUUUUAAUAUACAAAUUACAAGAUAAAAUGGAUUAAAGAAGUGUAUUGGAUGGUGUGUAAAAAUGAAAGUGGACAAAUACUCUGGGACGGAGUAAAUCCAACAUUGAGCAACAUUAUCUGUGACUGUGAUCAUACACCAUUAGUGUCCUGUUUGGCUGGUGUAGAAAUGGUUCCAAUCUAAUGACAUGUGUGAACAUAGAAGUGGGGGACGGGACGCCUUUCUUCUGCCGCUGCUGAAUGUUGAGGCUUAGCAACGCCGCCCUGCCCCAACUGCGCUAUUCUCUUGACUUUGCGAUUACGGUCUCCUUCUUCUUCUUCUUCUUACUGGUUUCUUCUUCUACAUUUAUAUACCCAUUGGUGCUCAGAGAUCAGAACGCCAGAACCGUCUGCUGACCACAGGAGAAACGGGAGAGACGUAGGGAUCGCACUCAGAUCUCCCUCCUCCUUCAAUGGAUCCAAAAUCUUUAACUGGUUUCACUCUCUUUUAAAGCUCCCCAAAUUACGACGGUCCAGGGAUUAGCUCGUGUUCUUCGCCUUCGGUAGAUUCAAAUGGCGCGGACCAGAUCGUCGUCCAGUAAAUUGAGGUACUUGAACCCGGCCUACUAUCUCAAACGCCCGAGACGUCUGGCUCUGCUCUUUAUUGUCUUCGUCUGUUGCUCGUUCUUCUUCUGGGAUCGACAAACAUUAGUUCGCGAGCACGAGGUGGAGAUCUCUAAGUUGAAUGAUGAAUUAAGCAAGUUACAACAUUUGGUCGAAGAGCUAAAAAGUGGGCGAGUAGUUCCAGAUGAAAAAUUUAAUAAAGCUGCCAAGGAAAAAGAAGUCUUAGAUGACCCACUUGACGCUCAGAGAAGAGAGAAAGUAAAAGAUGCAAUGCGACAUGCAUGGGGUUCAUAUGUAAAAUAUGCAUGGGGUCAUGAUGAGCUUCAGCCUCAAUCAAAGAAUGGUGUUAACAGCUUUGGUGGCCUUGGUGCAACUUUAAUAGAUUCUCUUGAUACACUUUAUAUCAUGGGUCUGGAUGAGGAAUUUCAAAAGGCUAGAGGGUGGGUGGCAAGCUCCUUGGAUUUUAACAAGAACUACGACGCAAGUGUUUUUGAGACAACCAUAAGAGUCGUAGGUGGACUUCUUAGUGCAUAUGACCUAUCAGGGGAUAAACUUUUCCUUGAAAAGGCUAGAGAUAUUGCUGACAGACUGUUGCCUGCAUGGAACACGCCCACUGGAAUCCCUUAUAACAUAAUCAACUUGGCACAUGGGAAUCCACACAAUCCUGGAUGGGCAGGAGGUGAUAGUAUUCUGGCAGAUUCUGGCACUGAGCAGGUUGAAUUUAUUGCUCUUUCUCAAAGAACAGGAGACCCCAAGUAUCAACAGAAGGUGGAAAAUGUUAUUUUGGAGCUUAAUAAAACCUUUCCUGAUGAUGGUUUGCUUCCAAUCUACAUUAAUCCACGUACAGGGUCCAAAUCAUACUCAACCAUUACUUUUGGGGCAAUGGGGGACAGCUUUUACGAAUACUUACUCAAGGUUUGGGUUCAAGGAAACAAAACGGAAUCCGUAAGGCAUUACAGGAAAAUGUGGGAGACUUCAAUGAAUGGUCUUCUGAGCUUGGUUCGAAAGACUACUCCUUCAUCUUUUACAUAUCUGUGUGAGAAGAUGGGAAGCUCUUUCUCCGACAAGAUGGAUGAACUUGCAUGCUUUGCUCCAGGCAUGCUAGCCUUAGGGGCUUCUGGUUAUGGUCCUGCAGAAUCACAUAAGUUCAUGUCCUUGGCAGAAGAGCUUGCUUGGACUUGCUAUAACUUCUACCAGUCAACACCCACAAAAUUGGCCGGAGAGAACUACUUUUUUCAUGAAGGGCAGGAUAUGAGUGUGGGGACAUCUUGGAACAUACUGAGGCCUGAAACUGUGGAGUCACUCUUUUAUCUCUGGCGUUUAACCGGCAACAAAACGUACCAAGAAUGGGGUUGGAACAUAUUUCAAGCAUUUGAAAAGAACUCUCGCAUUGAGUCUGGAUACGUCGGACUAAAAGAUGUUAACACCGGUGUCAAAGACAACAUGAUGCAGAGCUUCUUCCUGGCAGAGACACUCAAGUAUCUCUACCUUCUCUUCUCGCCGCCCUCUGUGAUUCCACUGGACCAAUGGGUUUUCAACACAGAAGCCCACCCUCUUAAAAUAGUGUCAAGACACGAAGGCGAUGGGCCCACGGGAAAGCACUCGUGGGAGCUUCAAUCGCGCAGCAGGAGAGAAGGGAGGUUUAGCAAGUAGAUAUAUACACAACAAAUCCCCCACACACUGGUCUUUUUAUAAAAGAAUCAUAGGUUUAGUUCUCUUUGGUGUAUACAAAGAUGUUAACGGAAGGGUCAUCUUACAAUCACACUAAGGUUGACACUGCCUGCAAUUUCUCACGCGUGAUUUUCUGCGGUGUAACCUUGGUGUCAUCCUCGGGGUUAAAAAUAAUGUUGUCACCUAGAAUGGCGAGCUGGUGGCAUUGUACUGUAUACUAUGUGUUUUGGUCAUUGAUUUAUGUUAACAUGAGAGUACAAGUGUCAUGUUCAUUUUUUAGAACGUACUAACUCUUUCCACAUAUGUUUUUGGACUUGUACCAUGGUCAUUG